CACAAGCACACUGUAAAGAUGAACCUACAAAACAAGCAUUAUAUGAAAAACACAAAGAAUUCCUAGAAUCUCAAUUAGAAAAGAUAGGGGAAAUGCAUGAUGAUACAGAAAUUCAAGGAAGAAUUUAUGGAGAUGUCAUCAAGGCAAGGAAAAAGGAAAAACUACAAGUGUUACUACCUGAUCCGCAGGAAAGAAGUACCUACAAACCAUAUGAACAAUAUGAUGUACCUAGAGAUAAAGAAAUGCUAUCACAAGCCUCUAGAAGGAAUGAAGAUAUCCCUCAAGGGGUAUUACCAAAAGUAACAAAAUUCCUCGAAGAUGUAGAACAAAGAAUUAAAAAUAAAUUCAUAUCUAGGCCAACAACACCUUCACUAUUAAGUAGAACACCUACUAUUGAAAUUGGUACUGAUGCACCUGAUCGAAAAAGAAAUGAAAAAGGUUAUACACUAUCACCAGAUCCUUAUGAAAGAAAACAACAAAGAUAUAAAAGCCCAAGUCUUAGCUCAAAACAUACAGACCAAAAUUCUAAUGAAGAAAUAAAAAUACCAUAUUAUGAUAAUAUACAUAAUGAAAGACAAUCCUCAACUUACAAACCAGAACAAGGCACCUUCAGAGGACAAACAUAUACUAUAUAUGUACCUGAAACAAUAUAUCAAGAAUUAAAAGAUUUUAACGAAGAAGAAAAAAUAGUACCUACUAUUAUUAAAACUGAAAAAGAAAAGAUAUUUAGUAAAAAAGAAACAGUCAUACCCCCUAUGACACUAAUGAGUAUUAAAAUAUUAAACCCUCAAGAAAAUGGAAUAGUAGGGACCUCUAUACAAUUAGCAGCCAAAGGGUUAGCUAUACAACAAGGACGACCCAAUGGAGACUACAUUUUAGCUAGU